AUGGCUGAACCGAUCUCGGCCUCGGCGUCCUCCGAACAGGAACCCGUUCAAAACGCCAAGCGAAUUUGGUAUCGGACAACUUUAUUCAAUGCGUUUAUUAUUGGUGGCGUGGGAUUUUUGGCUCCGGGACUAUGGAAUGCGAUGAAUUCGCUUGGCGCCGGUGGUGCUGAAUCGCCGUUCUUGAUCAAUGCGGCUAAUGCUUUGGUUUUUGGACUGAUGGGAUUUCUAUGUGUGUUCGGUGGACCGAUCGCGAACCGGAUUGGCAUGAACUGGACUUUACUUCUUGGUGCUGUUGGAUAUCCAAUCUACUCCGCUGCUUUAUACACGAACAAUCGCUAUGGCAAUGUGUGGUUUGUGCUAGUUGGCGCCGUCGCCUGUGGUCUAUCUGCGGGUCUUUUCUGGGCUUCUGAAGGCGCAGUUGCACUUGGAUAUCCUGAGCCGGCCAAGAGAGGUCAAUAUAUGAACAUUUGGCUUUGGUUCCGGACUGGUGGACCUCUUGUUGGUAGUGCCAUUGUGCUGGGACUCAAUCACUCCGCCAGUGCAAAGACCAAAGGAAAGGUCGGAUCUGAAACGUACCUUAUCUUUGUCGCCUUGCAGUGUCUUGCUGUUCCCCUCGCUAUCUUCCUCACUCGACCCGAGAAAGUUCAACGUGGCGAUGGAAGUGUUGUCAAGGUUGUCAAGGAGGAGUCAUGGAAGUCUGAAAUGGCUGAACUCUGGAAAGUGUGCAAGCGCAAGGAUAUCCUGCUGCUGCUCCCCAUCUUCUGGGCCGCCUAUUUCAAUCAGUAUACCGGAAACUUUGAGACAUACUAUUUUGGAGUUCGAGCUCGUGCAUUGAUUGGACUCGUCAGUUAUCUCGCCGGUCUUAUCUCGUCCUGGGUCAUCAGUCGCUUCUUGGAUUAUCAGAAAAUCCCCACCAAGACUCGAAUUAUGUACAGCUUUUACUACGUGAUUGUUCUUCAUGUCAUCGCCUGGGUAUACGGCUGGGUUGUCCAAGAACAGUACUCAUCCAACCCACCAUCCCUUGACUGGGCUGAUAAAGGGUUCGUUAAGGGCAUGUUUGUGAUUCUACUUUGGCAAUUCUCUCAACAAGCUUUGCAAAACUGGCUUUACUAUCUGCUUUCCACCAUGACUGAUAAUAUCUCCGAGCUCUCUCGCUUAUCUGGAAUUUUGCGUGGACAGGAGAGCUUUGCCCAAGCAGUCUCCUACGGUAUCAACACUCGGGAUUGGUACGGAGGAAGAGUGCCUCUUGCAGUGAACACUAUUCUUCUAGGUAUUGCUGUGGUUCCAACUUGGUUGGUCGCUUCAAAGCAUGAGCCCAUUGAGCAUAGCAAGAGUGACGAAUCUGGAAUUCAACCCAGCGACGAAGAAGCCUGCUCUGUUGAGGAUAAAAAGAAUGUUCUCGUCACAGGUGAAGAGAUCUAA